UUCUAGAUCUCAAUCAUCUUCCACAAAAUGGCGACGAUUCCAAUGGAUAUCGUCAACGACAUCUUUCUCCGAUUACCAGCAAAAACUCUAGUUCGUUGUCGUACUCUCUCAAAGCCAUGUUAUCAUCUAAUCAACGAUCCCGAUUUCAUCGAAUCUCAUCUUCAUCGUGUUAUUCAAACUGGUGACCAUCUCAUGAUUCUUCUCAGAGGAGCUCUUCGUCUCUACACAGUAGAUCUCGAUUCACUUGAUUCCGUCUCCGACGUCGAGCAUCCGAUGAAACGUGGUGGUCCAACUGAAGUUUUCGGAUCCAGUAACGGUUUAAUCGGGUUAUCGAAUUCUCCAACUGAUUUAGCGGUUUUUAAUCCGUCUACUCGACAGAUUCAUCGAUUACCUCCUUCGUCUAUCGAUCUUCCCGAUGGUUCGAGUACUCGUGGUUACGUGUUUUAUGGAUUUGGUUAUGAUUCUGUUAGUGAUGAUUAUAAAGUUGUGAGGAUGGUUCAGUUUAAGAUAGAUUCUGAUGAUGAGCUUGGUUGUAGUUUUCCUUAUGAGGUUAAAGUGUUUAGUUUAAAGAAGAAUUCAUGGAAAAGAGUCGAGUCGGUUUCGACGUCGUCGAUUCGGCUUUUGUUUUACUUUUAUUAUCAUCUCUUGUAUCGUCGUGGUUAUGGUGUUCUUGCUGGUAAUAGUCUUCAUUGGGUUUUACCUCGAAGACCUGGUUUGAUUGCGUUUAAUCUCAUUGUUAGGUUUGAUCUUGCAUUGGAAGAGUUUGGGAUUGUGAGGUUUCCGGAAGCUGUGGCUAAUGGUAAUGUUGAUAUUCAGAUGGAUAUUGCUGUUUUAGAUGGUUGUCUUUGUUUGAUGUGUAACUACGAUCAAGAUUAUGUUGAUGUUUGGAUGAUGAAAGAAUACAAUGUGAGAAGUUCUUGGACUAAGGUGUUUACGGUUCAGAAACCGAAAAGUGUGAAAUCGUUUGCGUAUAUGAGACCUUUGGUUUACUCUAAGGACAAGGAUAAGGUUCUUUUGGAGCUUAACAAUACAAAGCUAGUGUGGUUUGAUAUAGAGAGUAAGAAGAUGAGUACUCUUAGGAUUAAGGAUUGCCCUAGCUCGUUUAGUGCGGAACUCGUUGUGAGUAGCCUUGUUUUGGGUUGUAAAGGAGAUCUUGAAAACAUUAAGUAUCGGAAAGAACAAGAAGCUAAAGAAGCUAGAGAAGCUAAAAUGAUGCAGAACACUAAAAGGAGGGAUGAUUUCCUGUCCAAGGGAUUCAAGCUGGUCUUAUAAGCAAAAAAAACAAGAGACAAGAGCUAAAGCUAGAGAAGGUAAGUGUAAAAGUUGAACGUUGUUAAUGGUGUUUAGUUUGCUGCUACAUUCUUAUUGUCUUUCAUUGUUUUCUGUCUCUGCUCUGUUUUGUCGCGGACGAGCAUUUUUCAUAUUCGAGUGGGCACAAGAGUAAAAGACACUGUAUGUC